CUCUCUGUAUUUGUUGAUCUCUUAUCAUCAUCUUGCACAUCAGACUCGUACAUGUUGAUGUUCAUUCGUUUAGGAAUUUUAAAACAGAAGAUGGCAUGCAUUCCGCAGCAUGCCCGUGUAUGCAUAAUUGGUGCAGGUGUAGCAGGGCUCAGUGCUGCUCAGAAGCUUAUUCAGGCUGGAGUAAAAGAUGUUUUUGUCCUUGAGGCUCAGGAUAGAAUAGGUGGGAGAGUCCACACAGUAGAACAUGGUGACCAUGUCUUGGAGCUCGGUGCUCACUGGAUCCAUGGAGAGGAAGAAAAUGUUGUCUUUGAGUGGGCCUCGCAAAACAACCAGGUGGAUGAUGAACCUAAGCUGACACAAACAGGUAUUGGUGAAACUGUGUUUGUCAGAGAAAAUGGGGAAAUUGUACCAGCGGAGACCUUCGAAGCUUUUGAAUUGGCUUUUGCAAAUCUCGAGGAACAGGCGGAGAAAGACUUUCCUUCCUUCCCACACUCUGUUGGGCAGUACUAUUCAGAACAAUUCAAGUCACUCAACCAAUGGGGUGUUAUUGGAGAGGAACUGCUGGAUUGGAGGGGACGUUUUCAGAACUGCAUUGAUGGUACUGAUUCCUGGUACGAUUGUUCGGCAAGAGGGCAUACCUGUUACAAGGAAUGCCCUGGAAACAUUGUGGUCAACUGGAAAAAUGGAUAUCGAGCCCUUCUAAACCACCUUAAGGAGGAAUUGCCCAAGUCUUGUCUUCAUUUGAAUUCAGCUGUAAAAACCAUUGACUGGCAUGGCCCUUUGGCUUCAUCUGCCAGCUGCAAUUUAACAUUAUGGUCAGGCCAGGUAAUAAGAGCAGACCAUGUUGUCUUCACCCCAUCUUUAGCAGUUUUGAAAGCAGUGGUCGAGGAAAUGUUCAACCCUCCACUACCAGUGGAGAAGUCAAGAGCCAUUGAGGGCUUAGGGAUUGGUGUUGUGGACAAGAUAUUCAUCCAGUUCCCACAGCAGUGGUGGGAGACAGGUUGUGAUGGUUUCAGCUUUUUAUAUAACCUUGAGGAAACUUCAGAAACAAUAACAAAGGAGAACUGGGAAUAUGGAGUCUUAGGCUUCUAUGAGGUCUACAAACAACCCAACAUGCUUUGUGGGUGGAUCACUGGACCAGCGGCUCGCAUGAUGGAGCAAGUCCAGGAAGAGGAAGUGAUCAAGCGUUGUGUUUCCCUUCUGAGGAAGCGUUUGGCACCCAAAUUUCAGAUUCCUGAUGCAGUUUGGGGAAAGAGAUCAUCAUGGGGUCAGAAUCCUUGGAUAAAAGGGUCAUACAGUUUCCGCAGCACCAAGUCUGAAGCAAUGAAUGUUUGGGCUGCAGACUUAGCAUCCCCUUUGAUUAAUGCAGAUGAUGCUCCUGUUGUCUGCUUUGCGGGAGAAGCAACCCAUGAUUACUUUUAUUCAACAGUUCACGGUGCUGUUGAAACAGGAAGGAGAGAAGCAGAAAGGUUGAUCCAGUAUUUGUCAAGAAGUCAAGGCUGUCUAGAACCAAUAGUAGCAGCAGAUACCUCAAAUCAGAGAAAUGACACACCUUCGGCAGUACAAAACGGUGUCACAGAGAACUCAUCCCAAUGUGAAGAAAGAAACAGGGCGGUUAAAGAUGUCCCAGUGCAUGUGAAAGUGUGCAUAGUAGGUGGAGGAGCAGCUGGACUGGCAGUGGCUCAGAAACUCACAGAGGCAGGAGAGAAGAGUCUGUUGGUACUCGAAGCCCAAGAAGAGUUAGGGGGAAGAAUACAUACAUUCAGACAUGGGGAUCAUUUGAUUGAGUUGGGAGCCCAUUGGAUGCAUGGAGAGGAGAGGAAUGUUGUUGCACAUAUUGCAAAAUUCAUUAAUGAAGCUGAUAAAACUAUAACGCUAACACAGACAGGUCUAGGCGACAAUCGUGUGUUCAUCAAGGAGGGAGGGAAAGUCAUUGAUCCUGCCAUUUGGAAAGCAUGUCUGGCUGCCUUGGUUAAGAUUGAGAAGGAGAGUGAAGAUGCCCUAAGGAGGUACCAAGGCUCCUUUGGUGACUUUCUGCAUGAGGAAUUUCAGAAAGUGAAUAAAUGGGGUGAACUUGGAUACGACAUCCUGGCCACUUUUGAGAAGUAUCAGAACUUCCACAAUGCCUGUGAUUCAUUGGACCAGCUCGGUGCCCGGGGAUUUUUGGAAUACAAAGGGGAGGAAGAUCCUGGAAACCCUUUCCUUAACUGGAAAAAUGGAUUCUCUACUUUAAUUGAUUUUCUGAAGGAGAAGGUUCCAGCAAGCAAGAUUUGGACCAACUCUCCAGUUGUAAGCGUGGAGUGGGGCACUGCAACACCAUCAUCUCCAAGCUGUUGCAGAAUUAGGUUGGAGUCUGGACGUAUCAUUGAGGCUGACCAUGUGGUGUACACUCCAUCCUUGGGCGUAUUGAAAGCAACACAUCUUCAGACAUUUACACCUCAGUUACCAAUGAAAAAAGCUCAAGCAAUUGAAGGUCUCUGCUUAGGGUUAGUUAACAAGAUCUUUAUAGAAUUCCCAUACCGCUGGUGGCCAAGUGACUGCGAUGGAUUUACAAUUGUUCCUGACAUUAAUAUCCGGAGGACACCCAUAACCCCAGAAAAUUGGCAUGAGCAUCUUAUGGGAUUCUACAGUACUCAUCGUCAGCCAAGAAUGAUGUGCAUUUGGAUUGGGGGAGAAUGUGCACGUGCUAUGGAGGUUUUAUCUGAAGAGGCUAUUGCUAAAAGAUGCAUUUUUGUUUUACGAAAAUAUCUUGGAGAGACAUACACUGUCCCUGAUCCAGUAUUUUGCAAAAGGAGUAAAUGGGGAAGUAACAAAUGGACACGUGGAUCCUAUAGCUUUAGAAGUAUCAAGACUGACAGCAUGAAUGUAUGGGCAGAGGACCUGUCUGAACCUGUGACCAAUAUUCAGGGCAAACCUCUGCUGUGUUUUGCGGGAGAAGCCACAAGCACUGAAUUCUACUCUACAGUUCACGGUGCUGUUGAAAGUGGAUGGCGUGAAGCCGAGAGAAUCUUAAAAUACAUCAAGAGUAUGCCUUAUCCUCCCUCAAGCAGACAGACGACAACAAGGGAAAAGUACAAAGUCAUCAUAGUGGGAUGUGGGGCCUCUGGCAUUGGGGCUGCACGAGAGCUCACAGCCAAAGGGAUCAACUCUGUUCUCAUUCUGGAAGCCAAUGAUCGUGUUGGCGGAAGAGUCAACACAAUCCGAACCCCCCCACAAGGGGUAGUAGAACUUGGAGCCCAGUGGAUACACGGAGAGGAAGGAAACGUCAUCUACCAGUAUGCAAAGCCAAGAGGACUGAUACAUCACAAAGUGUCAGUGGAUGGGAAAGGUGAAUUUUACAUGGAGAGUGGAAAGCUGAUACCAGAAGAUAUAGUGAAGGAGGUGGUAGAUCUGCUCAACGAAGCUGAUAGUGAUUGUCAAGAGUUUGCCCACAAGGGAAUAGCGGCACCACCUGAGCUGUCAGUUGGGAGGGUUUUCAGGGAGAAGUUCUUGCAGUACAUGAAUGACUCAGAAACGGAUCAUCCAGACAGAAGAGAACUGAAGAAGGCUAUGUAUCAUUGGGUCCUAAGGUGGCAAAGGAUAGAUAAUGCUUGUAACUCCAUAAAAGAACUGUCUGCAAACUGUUGGGGCAAUUACAUUUUCUGUGAUGGCAAUGAGAACAUGAACCCCAAGGCUGGAUACAUUUCUGUUCUGGGUUCCAUUUUAGAGGAAUCAAGAGUUGAUUUACGACUGAACACUGAAGUUUCCAGCAUAAAUUAUGCAACAGAGGUUGUAGUAAAAAAUGGUUCUCUCUUUCGUCCUGAUGGUUGCACAUUGCCUGUGGUUGUGAAGUGCAGAGAUGGCAGAGAGUUUGAGGCAGAGCAUGUAAUGGUAACUCCAUCUAUAGGCUACCUGAAAGCCCACCUGAAGCUCUUCUCACCUCCACUUCCUCGGGGAUUACAGAAAGCUAUUACAUCCACGGGUUUUGGAACAAUAGACAAGAUGUUUUUGGAGUAUGAGCAACCCUGGUGGCCCAAAGACUGUGAAGGUAUUCAGAUAGUGUGGACUAAAGAUAUUCCAGACUUUGAUAAUGUUAUGCAGAAUUCCCCUGAUGCUUGUAAUGGCACUGUGGAAGAGAUGAAGCAGUUUUGGGUGCGUGCUAUCUCCGGGUUUGAUCCCGUGUUCAACCAAAAAGCCAUGCUGUGUGGCUGGAUUGGUGGAGCCGAGGCAGAGUACAUGGAAAUGCUGUCUGAGAGGGAAGUGGGUGAGGCUUGCACACAACUGCUGCGCCAUUUCCUCGGAAGGAGUGAUAUUCCAAAUCCCAAAAGAGUAUUCAGAUCUCAGUGGGCAAGUGAUCCCUUCUUCAGAGGAUCCUACUGUUACCAUAGCCUGGGUUGCGAGUGCCUUAAAGAGGACAAGAAGGAGAACCAUCUCAAUGCUCCCGUGUGUGCUGUGAUGAAGGAUGAUGGUCAAAAGGUUCCUGUGUUGGUACUAGCUGGAGAAGCUAAUAGCAAAUGCUACUAUUCUACUGUCCAUGGAGCUCUACAGAGUGGUAUGAAACAAAUUUCUCAUUACAUCCAGAGUACCACAAGACUGCAGAAGGAUCAGAGUCUAAUAAGAAGUAAAAUUUAAUAAAGUUCCACAUCCAGAAGUUCAGAUACAGGUGAUAAUUGCAUGUAGAGUAUUUACAAAUUGCAUUUGAGGUAUGGAAUGUCUUCAUUUGUUUGUAAUAUGGGCUUGCUGAAAAAGGUUAUUGUUAUUUUUGAAAGUUCUAUUGAUUUUAUGGGUUGUAUGAUUUCUGAUUUAGCUUGAAAUUUAUAUCCAGAAUACUUACUAGAAAUCUGUUUACAUUUGUAGUUGAUUGUUUCCUUUAGUUUUAAGGCGUUUUAAGCAGGGAAAGUUCUUGCCUGAAAUCUCAAGUGUUUUUCUUGCUAACUCAAGCAUUUCGCUUGCUUUCUCAAGCGACCUCCGUAGAUGGCUAGACUUGUGCUUGCUAGGUCUAGCUGUGUACCGUCACCAUGGCAACAGCGUCGGUCGCGUAAUGUACCGGUCACGAUCCUUCGAAUGCAGGCAUUGGCCAGGAACUCGGCUUAAUAUCUUAUCAUAUAAAUAUAUUUUUCACGGUAUCUGAUUCUGUAAUUUUCUUAAAAUCUUAUUCAAAGAAAUUGAAAUUAACUGAAAACGAAAGUAGAUAAUGGAGAUUAUGGGAAUAAAAAGUGUUUUAAUUAUAAAUAAUAAAUUAUUAUAAGACGAACAAUUUACCUGUUAUUGUUAAACUCAUCGUCUCUCUAAAUCAAGAAUAUAUCUGCUAUUCUAUGAAAUAUUUCAAGAAUAUUUCAAGUGAAAAAAGUCUGAGGAAUUCUAGCAACAUUCUUCUGUUGAUAUUGCAUUCGAUGAUUGUUAUAUUUAACCUCAUAAAAUCGGAUAUAUGGGAAUGGGUAGGCCUAUAUUUUAACUCAGGAAUAUUCAUUUGUUUCGAUAAUGCGUCAGAAUGAAAGGGCUGUCAAUGGGAAGUGUGUCAUUGUUUUAGAGGCACUUUAUAUGAAUAUAGGAGAAAAUAUUGCGCUUUGUUAAGAUGUUUGGGUAGAUUUACUUUGCCAU